UUUUCACACAGAAAAUACGGCACAUGGCAACCCGGCUUGCCGACACCCUUAAGUUAACCUGCAAAACUACUAUCCUGACGAGAGGAAUACCGCUGUACAGGUGUCUGCACAAUGGACCCAGAGAAGUACUUGCAGCGGAUUGGCUGUGCAGGGCCCUUAAUGCCAACACUAGAGUCACUUCGCCACAUUCACAGGAGACACUUGUUGUCGGUGCCCUUUGAAAAUCUGACUAUUCACAGUGGUGGACGGGUCCGGCUGGAGCUGCCGCACCUUUAUGAGAAGAUUGUCCUUCAGCACAGAGGGGGGUUCUGCUUUGAGAACAAUGGGCUCUUCUCCUGGCUUCUGACCCAGUUGGGAUUCAGGGUAACGCUCCUGUCAGCUCAGGUCAGGAAUGCCAUUACUCGACUCUAUGGGCCUCCGUUCGACCACCUCGUUGUUAUGGUGACCCUGGAGGGGGAACGGUGGCUUUGCGAUGUGGGCUUUGGAGCCAGUUUUGAGUUACCAGUUUCCUUGGAGACAGCAGAGCCUCAGAGUCAAGAGAAUGGCACGUUUCGGAUCAGGCAUGAGGGAGAAACUAUGUUCUUGGAAACAGAAAUGAGAGAUGAAGUCCAAGGUGAGGGGAAGAGCAGAUCAGAUGGCUGGAUGGAGAUGUACAAGUUUACUCUUCAGCCACGUCAGCUAGAAGACUUUACAGCCAUGUGCAUCUACCACCAGACAUCCCCAAGCUCCAUCUUCUACUGUAAGUCUCUAUGCUCCCUUCUGCUUCCCAGUGGAAGGGUCACCUACAUGGGCUACAAGCUAACCUUCACCAGCCUCCCCUCUGUGCCUGGGGGGCGCACCACUAAGACGGUCCGGGAGCUUUCAGGUAACGAGAUUCCAGACCUUCUUAUGGAGAUAUUUGGAAUAAAGCUUCCAUUUCCAAUAAAACCAAAAGAUGAGGACAUUAUUCCACCACCACCGAUUUAUUAGCAUGUUUCCUUUUCCCUUUGUCUCAGGCUAGGGUGGGAGGAAAGAAAAAUAUCUUGAUACAUGAAGUGCACAGGGCACUAGGAUCCAAGAAUAGCCAGCAUGUGACCUAUGAUGGGGGUCAGUAUACCUGGUCCACAUGCAUAUCACAGUUAAAAUCACAUCUAUCCAUUAUUAAUAACUGUUGUCCAGUGCUGGGUCAGGGUGAUAUAGAGCUCAUUCUGGAAGCAAAUGCUGUGAGGAAGGAUACAUUCUGGACAGGAUACCAGUCCAUCGAAGAGCAAUCACACACAUUCUCAGCAAUUUAGUCACCAUUUUACGUGAAACGUCUUUGGACUGUGGGAGGAAACCCAUGUGAACACGAGGGGAACAUGCAAAGACACUGUCGCCAGGAUCUCAACCCAUAAUCCAGCACCUGGAAGGCCCCAGCGCUACUUGUGUCACCCUUUGUUUAGAAGCCUCUACCAUUGUGUUCAACCAGGUUUGAGUAAACUUACAUGAGCAGCUAUGCUGAUGUUCUAUUUUUUAUGAAAGUACAACAAUUUAGUGUUUUGUUCACUCUGUAUCAGUCCCUUGGUAUCCUGCUCAGAUUUUUGAGGGCUAAGAACAUUUAUGCAGUCAGUAACACUCCAGCCCCAGUUUAACAUACCUUAGUCGGGAUGGCGUUGUAGCAAACCGCACAAUGUUCGGGACACCGAGAGGUUGUAGGUUUGACUGCAACUCUGUCUCUAUGAAGUUUGCAUGUUCU